UUUAGCACUAAGGAGACAGGAUCCCAAAUCUGGUGGAUGAAUUGUGGUCGCGUGAUCAGAGCGUGAUUAACGGUGACGACGGUCCUUCUUGACCGUCCGAUCUGUAGAGUAUCGUUCUCAGCCGUUCAGAUGGCUUGGGAUGGUCACGUGGCUUUCUGACAGACUUCAAUAUUUUUUAUAUUUCCUACCUACAAACAGUAUCGUCUGGAGAACCUCAGGCGAACCCACCGGAGCUGAAAGAAGCGGUAGAGGUCGCCGCGAGACCAAUUAGUCACUGAGUGUCCUUUGACGGCGGAGGAGGAUGAAGAUCUUCCAUUAUCCUUGCUUGGAAGACAACUACGCCUACAUGAUCAUCGACGAAGCCACGAGAGAAGCUGCAGUUGUGGAUCCCGUGGAGCCUGAGAAGCUCGUGGAGGCUGCCGGUGAGCAUGGGGUUCAGAUCAAGCUUGUUCUCACCACGCAUCAUCACUGGGAUCAUGCAGGGGGGAAUGCAAAGAUGAGGGAGAUGAUCCCUGGGAUCAAAGUCUAUGGAGGUUCACUUGACAAGGUGCAGGCUUGCACUGACAAAGUUGAUCAUGGUGACAAGAUAUCCCUUGGUGCCGAUGUCAGUAUACUGACUCUUCAUACCCCUUGCCACACUAAAGGCCACAUAAGUUACUAUAUCACUGGCAAGGAGGGAGAGGACUCAGCUGUUUUCACAGGGGACACCUUGUUUAUUGCUGGCUGUGGUAAGUUUUUUGAGGGAACAGCUGAGCAGAUGCACGAUUCACUGUGUGUAACAUUGGCUUCAUUGCCUAAGCCUACUCAAGUGUACUGUGGCCAUGAGUACACAGUGAAGAAUUUACAGUUUGCACAAACGGUUGAGCCCGAUAAUGCAAAAAUAAAGCAAAAGUUAUCUUGGGCACAGCAGCAAAGGCAAGCAGGACUUCCUACCAUCCCUUCAACCAUUGAGCAAGAGCUGGAGACGAACCCAUUUGUUCGCGCUGAUCUUCCUGAAAUCCAGUCAAAAGUCGGGUGCAAGUCCCCUGUUGAAGCUCUUGGGAAGAUCAGGCAGAUGAAGGAUAGCUGGAGAAGCUAAAAUUGCGCCGUUCGUUGUGCUGCCUCGAUCCAAUAGGCGAGAAAGGGGUAAAUCAAAACAGACAUAAAGACACCUCCUCUUCUUGUACUUGUAGCAUGUAUUUUCGUGGUUAACGAGACUCCGGUCACGUCGCCUGCAACGAUGUUUUAAGUACAUGUCUGUAUGUUUCAGUGGCAGCUACUCUAUUAAUCCGAAAUAUACAGGAGAUCCCCAGAACAACAAGCUCUCCUUAAUCCUUACCAAAUGUAUCUGUGGUUUUUUCAGCAGACUAUUCGAGCCAUUUUCCUCCAUUUGCAGCAGGGGGAAUGCGUUGAGUUAAUAAUGUUGUUUUGGACAUUUUUGGGUAGUGAGGCCAAGAGUCGGUAACAUGCAAUAAAUGAUGUGGGAUGCAGAUUGCAGACUGUAUACUAUGUGGGUCAAAGAUGUUUGGAGGAAAGUGGUAUGUCGCUGCUUCUCCACCACUCGGAUGCUCUUGCCUUGCCUGGCCGCCGCUUGGGGG